AUGCAUAGAAUAUUAAGAGCAUCAGCAGUAAAGAGAGUUGCCAACUACAGUCUCUUGCGUCGAUCAAUUACUUCUACAAUAAAGGAAGCUCCCGUUGCUCGCCAUUAUUGCCCCACAACCGCUACAGCAACAGGCGUUACAGCUAAAAACUUGAUUAGUAGACGUCUCGCUUUAAUGAACUCUAGACAAUAUGCAUCCACUGUUACAAAAGACCUUUCCUACAAGCAAACACCUUUUCUGCAAUGGAAACUGUUCCCGGAUUUCGAGUACUUGGUAACUCAAACAUCACCUGCCAUUGCUGUCCCAGCCUUUGAAAAGCUGAUUGUUGCUGCAAGAGAGGAAUUUCUCGAAAUUGAAAAGAAUUUUGAGCCUACAUGGGAUGGUACCAUUGGAAAAUUGACAGAAUUAGAAGAUGAGGUUUCCAGAGCAUUUGGCAUCUUAUCGCACUUGAACGGUGUCAAGAAUUCAGCAGAUGUUCGCUCAACCUUGGAAAAACUCCAACCCGAGUUUGUCAAGUUGGGGCUCAUGAUGAACCAGUCUGUUCCCAAAUACAAGGCUUUGCAAACACUGCGCAAUACACCUGCUACAUGGGAUCAAUUGAAUCCAGUUCAACAACGUAUUGUUGAUCAUACACUUCGCGAUAUGAAGCACGCUGGCAUUGGAUUUGCAGAGGGAUCCCCCGAAAAGAAACGAUUCAAUGAAAUUUCUGAACGUCUAUCUCAAUUGUCGCUCAAGUUCGGAAACAAUGUGCUGGAUGCUACCAAGUCUUUCCAGGAGAUUGUCACCAAUGUAGAUGAUUUGAGAGGGUGUUCUGCGGCUUUUCUAGAGACGCUGAGAAAGAAUGCAGAACGCCACAAUAUCAAAGAGGGAUAUUGCAUUACUCUUGACUUUCCUAUCUAUGGUCCUUUUAUGAUGAAUUGCAGUAAUAGGGAGUUGCGCGAAAAGGUUUACAAGGCUAACAUUACGAAAGCAUCUGACGGCUCUGUCAAUAAUGAGCCCAUUAUCAAUGAAAUACUGACACUCAAGAAGGAAAAGGCAAAGUUACUCGGAUACGAAACACCUGCGGAUUUGUCAUUGUCUGUCAAGAUGGCACAAACAUUGCCCGCUGUUGAAGUCUUGUUGGACAGUUUAUUCACAGCAUCUGUCACUCACGCAAAGGGAGAAUUAGAGGACCUGACCAAGUUUGCUAAGGAAACGCUCAAUGAGCCCACACCACUGCAGCCAUGGGAUACUGGGUAUGUCACUGAGCAAUAUCGCAAGGAGCUCUUCAAGUUCGAUGAAGAGGCCAUUUCCGAAUACUUUGCCUUCCCCAAGGUGCUUGAUGGGUUAUUUGCAGUAGCUGAUGAGGUGCUGGGUAUUCAGGUGCGUGAACUGGAGAGUUCUGAGAUGCAAGACAAGGGCAUUACUCGCUGGCACGAGGAUGUGAAGGUGUUUGAAGUCGCUGAAAAAGGACAAGUCAAGGCGUACUUUUAUGGUGAUUUCUACUCGAGACCUUCUGAGAAGCGCAGCGGUGCGUGGAUGGAUGUGGUUACCACACGCUUCAAGCACCAGAAUGGAAAGAUUACUUUACCCGUCGCUUAUCUCAUUUGCAACCAGCCUGCACCUCAAUCAGCAGAUCAGCCUUCUCUAAUGAAAUUUAGAGACGUGGAAACUUUGUUCCAUGAAUUUGGGCAUUGCUUGCAACAUAUGAUGACCACUGUCGAUUACGCCCCUGCAUCUGGUAUCAAUGGCGUCGAAUGGGAUUUCGUGGAAGUAGCUUCUCAGUUCAUGGAGAACUUUUGCAGUGAGCCAGAGUGGAUUGACCGUCUGUCAGGACAUUACAAGACAGGUGAAGCCAUGCCCCAAGACAUGGUCCAAGCGCUUACAAAAGGCAGAGAGUUCAUGAGUGGUUUAGCGACAUUGCGACAAUUGCACUUUGCAAAGGUGGAUCUCGCCUUGCAUUCUCAAUUCACACCACCCACGUCCCCUGGCGAACCCACCGUGUUUGAUGUUGACGCAGAGAUUGCAAAGAAGACGGUUUUGACACCUCGUUUGCCUCAGGACAGAUUCUUGUGCAGUUUCAACCACAUCUUUGGAGGAGGUUACAGUGCAGGCUACUAUAGUUAUAAAUGGUCAGAGACAUACUCUGCUGAUGCAUACGCAGCGUUUGAAGAAGCAAAGGCCCAAAACGGACAGCAAGGCAUUAAGGCCAUUGGUCAGCAUUAUAGAAACACUAUAUUGGCGUUGGGAGGUGGAACAGCACCUGGCAAGGUCUGGGAGCAAUUUAGAGGUCGUGCUAAUGUGGAUGUGUCUGCAUUACUUCGCCAUUCGGGCUUGAGCAAAUAG